AUGACCUUGACCCGGAAGGAGGAUAGUGGCGAUGCAGGCUAUCUCGUACAGAUCCUGAGCAACGCCUGCGCUAUUGUGCGCGAUGCUGAUGCCGGCAGCACGCAAAGGGCUCACAGCAUCACCCGGAACUGCGUUGCAUUGGGGCGAUGCGAAUCUGUUUCACUUUGUCCCAUUAUUUUCUCUCACACGAAUGCGGCUCCCCUCGUCGACGGUACCUUCCAGAUGAGUCUUGACGAUUUCUGGGAGCAGACAACAUCAUUCAAAUCUGGCCUGUCGGAGCUCUCCCACACCAUUGCUGUAGACGAGGGCAGGAAGCUACUAUUUGCGGCAGACGAGUACAAAUCCUACGGGUACAAUCUUUCGCAACGAAGACUAGAUGAACGACGAAGAUGA